CCUCUGCCGCAGCAGCACAGCCGGUUACCAGAGGAGGGGGUAUCACGGUCGGAAGGGAAUGGACCGCACAGGCUAGGCUAAUGUUCAAGGCCGAAAUAUCUCGGUUUUUAGAUAAAUGAUAAUAUCACCGAGAAAAACAAAGCUUACGACACGAACGAGGCGAGUAUUUUUAUUAGGCCAGACCCCCUCCUCGCUAUGCUUUAGCCUUCAGCCUAUUCACAGACAUUUUCUUUCUGGAAAGACCACAUAAAAACUGGGGUAAAUAAAAUUUUCAUACGCAUAUUUUAUUCAUUUAAAGGCGAAUUUUCGUGUUUUUAAUCGGCGUACGGAUACUACGCCUCUUCCUGCCGGUUUUCCAGCGAGCAGUUUAUUCCCCGGUUCGCCCUUCAGAAGCGUCGCCUCGUCCCCGCUUUCCCCGUCAGCUGCUGCGCAUCAGCACAACAUGCAGGAUGAGCCUGUGGGGGUGACAACCACGCAGUUACCCCAGUCGACCGAGGAAGAGGACCGCAGCUGCACGGGCAGCAAAUCUGCAACGCAACCGAACCAAACUGACAACCUGCUGAGCUCGUUCACGUCGGAUUACAGCCAUCUAAACCAGAAGACAGCUUUCCCUGAUUUCGAUCGAGAACAUUUUUGCCCGACGCAGUCCAUCUGUGACCUUCAGCACAGCCGAAAAAGACAUCAGCAGUUAAGUCAGCACACUGAGUUUAUCCCAGAAGAGUCGCCCCCACCCCAGGGACAUUUCAGUCACCUGCCGCAGAGGCAGCCCUUCUCCAUACCCGACACUAGCACCGCUGUCCCCCGCGGCUCUCCUGUGGAAGAGGCUGAAGCCGAUGCCGCGUCGCCAUCGCCCUCUUCCGUAAAUCUAAACAAGAUCCAAAUGGACUCUCCCAUCGCUCACCAUUUAAAUAACGGCAAUGGCAGCAGCAGCACCGGCAGCAUGUUGUCCGGAGGUCUCGGCGCCGCUUUCCCGAACCUCCCCACCCAGGAGAUACAGAACGCCAGCGGGGGGUCGUCUUCGCCUUCUAUCCCCGGGUUCGGCACCCCCUGGUCAGUCCAGACCAGCUCCUCGCCCCCACCCGCACCCAACUCCAUCAAUCCCAUCCACGCGAACGCCAUUAACCAGAUGCCCAACACGGAUUCUGAGAACAGCUUCUACCCAGGUAUUCCUUCCUCCAUCAACCCGGCCUUCUUCCAGAGUUUUUCGCCAGUGUCAACUAAUCCUUGCGCCGGGAUUAACGUGCAGGGCUUCAGCGGUCCCUUCUCGCCUCAGAUAAACGUCCCUCAGCAGCCGCAGAGUCGCAGGUCUCCGGUCAGUCCCCAGAUGCAUCCCCAGCAGGGCGCCUUCCUGCAGCAGAGGAACAAUUACAACCAACACCAGCCCAUGGUGAAGCCAUCUCCAUGGGGCAGUCACCAGGGGAACGGCUGGGGCUCCGGUGGGAUGUUUUGGGGCCGAGACCACCGCAGAGGGAACGGCAUGGGUGUACCUGGUUCUGUCAGCCACAUCUCGCCACUAAAGAAACCAUUCUCGAGCAAUGUCAUCGCUCCACCCAAGUUCCCACGCGCUGGAGGAUCGCUGGGGCCUAAGUCCUGGAUAGAAGAGAACAUGUUCCGCACAGACAGCAACAGCAACACCUUGCUGCCUCUCCAGGAACGCUCCAGAAUGUACGACAGUCUGAACAUGCACUCCCUGGAGAGCUCUCUGAUUGACAUCAUGCGAGCUGAGCAGGAUCCUAUGAAAGGCCGUGUGGGAUGCCCUAACCCCGGGGCUGACGGCCUUCUCAUGCUCAAUGCCAGGAGCUAUGGGAGACGCCGAGGUCGCUCGUCUCUCUUCCCUAUUGAUGACAAUCUCCUUGACGAUGGCCAUGGCAACCAGGGUGUCCCAGGAGUCCUCGGUUCCCCUAACUGUUACCCCCACCAAAACGGGGAGCGCAUCGAGCGCUUCUCUCGUAAGGUGUUUGUGGGAGGGUUGCCUCCAGACAUAGACGAAGAUGAAAUAACCUCAAGCUUUCGUCGCUUUGGUCAUCUUGUGGUGGACUGGCCACACAAAGCAGAGAGCAAAUCCUACUUUCCACCAAAAGGAUAUGCAUUCCUGCUGUUCCAGGAGGAGACCUCAGUGCAGGCUCUGAUUGAGGCCUGCAUGGAGGAAGACGGGAAGCUCUACCUGUGUGUUUCCAGCCCCACCAUCAAAGACAAACCUGUGCAAAUCAGACCUUGGAACUUGAGUGACAGUGAUUUUGUGAUGGACGGAUCUCAGCCCCUUGAUCCUCGCAAGACUAUCUUUGUGGGAGGUGUCCCUCGUCCCCUGAGAGCAAUUGAGCUGGCCAUGAUUAUGGAUCGCCUCUAUGGUGGAGUGUGCUACGCUGGCAUUGAUACAGAUCCAGAACUCAAGUACCCUAAAGGGGCGGGACGAGUGGCCUUCUCCAAUCAGCAGAGUUACAUCGCCGCUAUCAGCGCGCGAUUUGUCCAGCUGCAGCAUGGCGACAUUGAUAAACGGGUUGAGGUGAAGCCUUACGUCCUGGAUGAUCAGCUGUGUGACGAGUGCCAGGGUGCACGCUGUGGAGGGAAAUUUGCCCCGUUUUUCUGUGCUAACGUCACCUGUCUUCAGUACUACUGCGAGUUCUGUUGGGCCAACAUCCACUCCCGUGCAGGACGAGAGUUCCACAAGCCGCUGGUCAAAGAGGGCGCCGACCGCCCACGCCAGAUUCACUUCCGCUGGAACUAGAGAUGUGACGACACGGUCAGAGGAAAGGGAAACGAUACCCUGGCUAACAGGAAAACAGAGCUUUGCCUCUCCUGCUUACCUAAGCUAUCAGUAUAAUCAAGUGCAUAACACUAUAUAGUAUAUACACAAUAUAUAUAGCUAUAUAUAUCUUUUGUAGCAGCCAAACACCACAAGCCUCAGUUUUUCACCAAAACCCCCCUCACAUCUCAGGCUCUGACAACUCUACAACUCUUUUGUGGUACUUUCAUCUUUUCUAAGAGAAGAUUUAAACAGAGAUUGAUUUUUGUAGCUUUUUUUAUUAUAAUUAUGAUUAUUAUUAUUAUUAUUUUUGUAUGUGAGAUUUAAAGUAGAUCCAGGAAUGUUUUUGCAUGGGGGCAGCUUGUCUGUCUGUCUGUUUGUCUGCUGCUAGCAACCACGGUGCGUUCAGUGCACACUUUUCCGGGAAAACCUUGAUUCUCUAAUGUCAACACCUGCCGCAGGUCAUUAACCAAAGGUAGCAAAAAUGAUAGGAAACGUAAAAAUUGACAUAUUGUCUGCCGCGAAACAAACCUCGUUUUUGUUUUUUUGUUUUUAUUGUUGCUAUGGGCUCGCUCUUCUUUUUAGAAAGUUUGGUAAAGAAAAAGAAAAUCGGGUUAUUUUUUUGCGCUCAUGCUGACCUGUAGAGUGAUACCUCAAAAUACAAAAAUCUGGUUCCGCAAACUGUAUUCAACAUUUAUACUUAACAAGCUACUUUAGGAGCUUUGCUGCUAUAUAUGAAUAGAUGUGUAGGUAUAUUUAAUGCCAUUUAUACACCCAAAUCAUGUAAAAUGAAAUGCAGUAUGCACUUGACCACUUAUGGCCCCCAUUGCCAUAGAAAGAGUUAGAGUGCAUGUUACCACAAUAGGCUUAGCUACAACAAAAAGCAUGCAGGAUAGAUGUGGGAAAAACAAACAAAAAAAAAGCAAACCACUGAAAUAUAUUUAGGCAAGCCUAAAAUUUUAUAGUAAGUAGCAUGAUCAGAAGCCUAAGAGGGAAAAAAAUCUGAUGAAUCUAAAUACUUAAAAUGACGUCAUAUGUAAACUUGCAUGCAUUGAUGUUUCUCCGUUGUUUGAUCUGUUUACAUAUUAUCAAUACAAAAAAGUGAUAUUGGUUCAACCGUAGACUUAGUGGAUGCCAUCAUUUGGUGACAUGGUGGCUUGUAUGGUGAAAAAAAGACAAAAAAAAGCUGUUGAAAAGCAGAGUGGUGUUCAGUGGUUUGUGUUUGUGUCGUCCAUGUGCUGUGUGACUGUUGUUAGUGUAGACUUAGGCUCUAGUUUAAUUACCAACAGAUUACAAAGAGGAGAGUCUAACAACAUGCCUUCACCCUGCCUCCCUUGUAUCUUUGUAUUGUUCCAAAGGUUAAUCUGAUAACGCAGACUGCUUAUUUUAUAACGUUAUGUGGCUGCAGAUCCAUUCAUCUAUGGAAGCCCAGUUACCCAGCGAUGAAGCAUCUUUGCAUCUCCUCACCACACUCUUACAAUGAGGAAGAUGACGGUUGGCCUCUUGGUGAGCCAAAGACAAAGCUCUCAUUGUUUAUACUGUUUGUUUGAUUCUAGAAAGACUCUUCACAAACUGUUUAGGGACAAUCUUUCUGUGAGGACGGCAGCCCGGCCGUCCGUUCGGUACUGUACAAGUUUGUCGCUCUCGUGUUGUUUCUAGUUUUUAGUGUUCCACUCCCCUGUGUGUGCUCCUCAGUAUCAGUGUUAAGGCGUCAAAAGUGUGUGCUGUUAUAAAACCUUAACGGGAUGGAAACUAAAAGCUUAUUUUCUUAUAGCCGGUUUUUAUUUAAAACUGUUUGUGUCGACUACUUACCCAUCACUGGCCCUUCCGUAUGUUUUUGAUGAUAUAUAUUAUGCACUACUUUUCUAAAACCCUUGCCCCAUUUCUUUUCCCUCCGCCUUUCUUCUUCUUCACACCUGGAGUGGUUUUAGUGCAGAUGUGUGCGCCACCUAUUUAUAAAUGUAUAGAUGAUUUAUUAAAUUUUUAUUUUUUCAGGAUUACGUAUUUAAGAUGUAGCGUGAAUCAGUGGUCUUAAGUUAUCUUUGUUUUGUGUGAGUAGAGCAAGAAUCUGAUAUUUUCUAAUAUAUUCUGAUGUAAUUUGGCUGUUGCAAGGACCGCAUCGCAGGCUCUAACUCAGUAAAGCUCCCGCUGCGUUCCUCACCCCCCCUCACCCUUCUUCUCCCCCUUCGUGGCUUUAAUUCUCAUGGCGUCUGAUGAUGUUUGAAUAUCGUCACCUGUAACACUUGACUCGUGCUGUUUUUUGUGAGGUUCUAUUUUCUAUGUUAAACACUGUUACUUUCUUCUGUAUGUGUCCUUGUUUUUGUAAAAAUCAUAUUUAUUUCACUAUUUUUGUAGACAAAAAAAGACUAUUUGAUUUUGAUUGUAUUUUUCUAUUUAAAUAGGACAAAUAUUCCGAUUUAUUUCCCCCUAAUUAUGUCCAAAAAGUUCUGUUCAGAGACAAAGAAUCGUGUCGCAAGUGGCAUCAUUGAAGUUUUUGAUACACAGUUGAUUCUUCUUUUGGUACACAUGACAAGUUUCAUUUGAAGGAAGGAAACAUGAAGGUUUUAUUUCAUUCUGGGAAGACACUUGAGAUUCUCCCCCGUCGCAUCGAGGCCCCGGCUGCCUUUCCUCGUAGAUGCUCUGAAACUUGAAUAUAACACAUUUUGAAAGGCUGACUAACCUCGAAUCUGUGUUGUGAUGUGCAAUACUGUUUCUAAUGUUUGUAUAAAAAGUAAGAAUUACAGUGUAAACCUUUUUAAUGCAGAUUUAUUUUUUUCAUUGCAUAUUUUGCAGAUUUCUGAUCCACAGUGUCAUUUUUUACUGUCAGAAAAAAGAAACCCCGUUUUUUCAUUGCAAGUAUUUUUAAAUCCAGAUAUCUUUGUACUGAUGUAAAUGAUUGUAGUUAUUUUGGAUAGUGUUUUUGCUAACUAAAGGAGAGACUUUUUCAUGCAUAUUUCUAUUUCCUUUCAUCUUGUUUUAUCCCACAUUUUUAUUUCGUUUAAUAGCAGCAAAAUUCUUGGAAUAAUUUUUCAUAUUUAAAAGUCAUCUGUAUCAUUUUGUAUUUUUAUGUGAAAACACACAAUAUAUAAUUUAAAAUGCUAAUUGCUAAGAUAUUAUUUUGAGUUGGAUUAUUUCUAAAGCUAAAUAUUUGUAAUUUUAUUGUUAAAGUGACUAAUUUCUAAAUCAGAGUUUGUGUAUAGAUUCACAAAAGUGGUUUAUGAGGUGUUUGGAUUGUAAUUAUUACUGAAUGGUUCUUUGAUAUGCAAAAUGAAUAUCAUGUUUAUUUUUAUUUUUGUUGGUUUUGUAUUUAAAUGGGGUGUUGAUUACGAUCUUUUCUUUCUUUCACUUCCUGAAUAAAGACCCAUUCUGUUUGGA